GGCGGAAUCAAGUUGUUCAAAGUAUAAACAGUCUAUGCUCCCAACUCAAUGACAGGCUGUGGUCACUGGAAGAUACGCUCCCUCGUGUUUUCUGUCUUAUAAUUAAGGAACAAAUGUGCCAAUUAAAUGCGUUAAAGCAGGCAGAUUAAUGUACACCAGGUCAGAGAAGGACACUGGUUUUUAAAUAUGAUAUACAGUGUAUUGUCCACCAGUCAAGGACACUUUAAGAUAGGACAUGCUGAGCCAAGAAGUAAGUCCUUCUGUCUUGUCAUGUGGGUUUAAAGCAUAAAUCUGGUGUUAUUAUAAGAUGCUUUUAGUUUUAGCAUAUGAACAGAUUGUCUGACUUGUAUUUGCCUUUUGAGUAAUUAUUGUUUUUGCUAGUAUCCCUUUAAAAAAGCAGCUGAAAGUUAAUGUAAUCUCGCAAAUUGGACGGGGCAAAAGAAGGAUAAUCAAGUCUAACUAUUUCACACCCUUAUAAUCUCCAACCAUCUUAUUCACUUUCGUUUACCAUACUACAGGACCAUUAAACAGCAGGGUUGCGACCUGUCUGUUUCUGAAGCAGCCAUUAAGUUUCCCCCUCUCUUCUCUCUACAUGGAAUUAUAUCAGUGUCUAGGAGGGGCUUACAGAUCAUUUCAGCUGGAGAGCCUAGAGAAGGAUUAAAGGUAAUUAUCACAGAGAAAGAGAGAUGAAGUGGCACAGACACUUUAUAAUACGUUUGUGUGCUUACGUGCACAUGCCCUUCAGGUCGUCAUCAUUAGACAUAUCCUUAACUAUAAACACCAUCUGCAGAGUUUGAAGGCUGAGCAUGACUUCACUUACCUGCAAAUUACAAUCACCUUUAAUCUCCAUUAAAACUCUUGAGGCAGUUUUAAAUGUAGAAGGUCGUGUUUUUUAUUGUGAUGCACUACCAUGCACGGUAUGAGCAGAAGGAUACCCUUUUUUUAUGCGCAAACAGUUUUAUGAAUCAUCAAGAUGAGUUUCACGCUUUCGUGUGGUCUCACCCCGCAGUGCUCGAAGUGAGGUCCGCUGUUCCAAUCAUCAUGGGCUCCAAUAUUGGGACCUCGGUCACAAACACCAUAGUGGCCAUGAUGCAAGCAGCAGAGAGGAGCGAGUUUCAGCGGUGAGUGAAGAAAAAGGUGGCAGGGCGGAGGGUGAUUGGAGGGGAAGCUGAAGAGCAGGGAAGAAAAGAAUGAAAUGGAAAAGUGAAGAGGAUAAGUGAAGAGAUGCAGAAAAGUAGUGCUGUGAGUGUGGAGGAAAAGCAGACGAGGGUGAAGAAAAGGCAUUAGCAGCUGUUCACUGCCUCUUCGCUUCAGCCUCUAUCUCAGUGUAAUUUCCAAGCUACAACAAUGACAAUCAUGGCACCAGUCCACAUUGAUCCCACACCAGUAACCCCUCUGGCAUGAAAGAUACUGCACAGAGCAGAUGGCUUGUUACUUAAUCUGUUUCUGGUAAAAUAGAAAGAAUAAAAUAAACUUUCACAGUAUAUUCAUACACUGAGCAAAAACCACUGAUUACAUUCAGUCAUCUCAAUAAAAGUCGAGUCACUAAAGCAGAUUAAUUAUGAAGAGUAGUUGAUCACGAUAAUUGCUGACCUUUGUUAACACAGAAUUAAUUGCGCGCCUUUAUAGGGCUUUUGCUGGAGCAACGAUCCAUGACUGCUUCAACUGGCUGUCUGUGCUUGUUCUGCUGCCUCUGGAGGUGGUGAGUGGUCUAAUGACCCGGCUGUCACACCUGCUGGUCACCAGCUUUAACCUUCAACCAGGAGAGGAAGCCCCUGAGCUGCUUAAAGUUAUCACAGAACCACUGACCCAGCUCAUCAUACAGGUAAAAGUAACAACCAAUCAACUCUUUCCAUAUUGAUCUAAACUGUCCAGUCAAAGCUCAAUAGAGUUGGCAGGUUUCCCAUUGUAUAGAUUUCUAUGAGAACAGAUAAUCAUUAUUCAACCCAUAUAGAGGCAGAAUAAAUGUUCUUACCUUUACAAAACCUAAAACACAAGAGCUAAAGUGUAAAAAGAGACUUCCUGUCACAGAUUUUUCGCACAAUUUAGCAUGCCCUGCUGAGUAGCUUAUUACUUGCAUCAUCAAUAGAGUGGCAUAUGGCUUAGCCUGCAAAAAGCCUUGUUCAUUGCUUUGAGGUGCAGCUUCAGUGCCAUGUCUUUAGCAGAUCUCCUGGUAUAGCUUUAAAGUCCACAGACAUAUGUUAGAAUUUAAAGGGAUAUUCCGGCAUAAAAUUAAGUUAGGGUCAAACACACCGUAACAUCGAGUUAGACACCCCCUCGAGAGAUGAAUGUUGCAGACUGCUUGCUUUUCUAUUUAUACCAACUUUACCUUGGGUGAGUCCAUCGACUGCAACGGGGGAACGCAGCUCAAGGAAGAACAUUUAUGAUCAUUUCUUCAUGGAAAUGCAAUCAGACCGAGACGCUAAGGCAGAAGAACUACCACGUCUGCAGUGCAAAAUGAUGAAUAUGAUGAUUAUUACUUCACGGAAAUGAUAAAGUAAUUAUCAUAAAUGUUCUUCCUUGUCUCGCUACAACCAUGCAGCUGCUGGAAGAGAGUAGGUGAGUUGUGUUUAGUCCCUUUGUUAAAGAAAUCAGGGAAAGCUAAAAAGAUGUUUGGUGGCUAAUGCUGUGGCUGGGACCCUAUAUGUACUGUUGAUGAAGUUAGGUGCUGUUCUGAACAUUAUUUGUGGCUAUAGAGUGGUGUUUUGGUUGAGCGCGUGGCUCUUUGUAUUGCUAUCGUGCGGUCGUUACUAAAGUUGGUAUAACUAGAGAAGCAAGCAGUCGACAACAUUCAUCUCUCGAGGGGGUGUCCAACUCAGUGUUACAGUGUGUUUGACCCUAACUUAAUCUUACGCCAGAAUAUCCCUUUAAGCUAAUGCCAUUAAUAGUACGCUACAUAUUUAACCAAUGCAAACACAAUCAGCUAGCUAGCCAUGGCACAUAGAAUACACUGGUAACUUUUUCCAUUUUGGCAAAGCAAAUUUCCCUGCACUUGACUCAAAUGCAGGUUAUAUUUUGUCCAAGAUGUUACAAAAAGACUGUCAAGUAAUACAUCCACUGCUGCUGUCAUUGUAAACUAUAUGUGCCCUGUACCAAUGCAAACCUUAUUGGCAACAAUAACUACUGUAUAGCAGGAGAGGACAAAUAGUAAGCUCAUCAGUAUGAAUAGUGAGCUUUUCUUUGUAUUUUGCAGAGACACUGCAUGAUGCUCUGUUUUUCUACAGUUGGAAGACUGAGAGUUCAAUACUUUGAAAUAUUUUUUAUUUGAUUCACUGACCUAAAACAGAUGAGAAAUAUCUGUCCUUUCAUCCGUAGCUAGACAAGUGUGUGAUCACAGGAAUCGCCAUGGGAAAUGAGGACAUGAGGAACAGGAGCCUGGUGAAAGAAUGGUGCCAGACUGACCGUGUUAUGGUAAUGGAGCGUCUCCACCCCGUCUCCUGCACAUGCAGACUAUUGUGUCACACACUGGCGCCAAAUAGAGCCUGUCACUGCUGCCAGUGAUUACUGUGUAAACAGAGAUACCUUUUCCAUCUCUUUUUAUUCUAUCUUUCAGCAGUCUGCGGGCAAUUUGAGCGCUGAAAACUGUGGCCCAACACAUGAUUUGGUACCAUCUUUGAAAUGUGAGUUCAAAAUGGGACAAUAAUACUUUGUGUGUAUAUUAUCAGCCUGAUGCAGCAACAUGUUGUUCUAAACAGUAAAAUAAUUUUGAUUGUGUGAUUUUUGGUACAAUUGAGUUUCUAAUUUUGCAUUGAUAAAUCGGUUAUUUAAAGGGUUAUUCCUGAGAAUAAUUACCUAAUGACUGUCUCUCCUCACACUCUGCAGGCAGGCAUUUGUUUGUGUCCUCUGGGCUUUCAGACCUCUCUGUCGGCCUGAUUCUCCUGGCGGGCUCCAUGGCUGUUCUCUGUAUAUGCCUGCUGCUACUGGUCAAGCUGCUCCACUCUAUUCUUGAAGGCCAUGUGGCAAAAGUUAUACACAGAGUCAUUAACACAGGUGCACUUGCUUUAAUCAGCAAGAGGUGUAACAAAGCAUGCAAACAUGAAGCAGUGUGGGAGACUAAGAAAUCUAUUACAAGCUGCUUUAGAUGCAAAUUAUAACUGUAGUGUUGUAUUGAUUGUAACAAUGGUCUCUCUUCUCUGUUCUCAACAGACUUGCCGUACCCGUUUGGCUGGCUGGCAGGAUACACGGCUAUGUUUGUGGGAGCAGGGGUAACAUUUGUGGUUCAGAGUAGCUCAGUCUUCACCUCGGCCAUGACUCCCCUUGUAGGUGAGUGAUAUAAAAGCAUGGAGGCCACUGAGCAUUUUUGGUCUAAAAGAGGUCUUAUAGAUGUCUAAAUGUAGCCUAGACGCCUGGUCUAAAAUCAGGCUACCACAGGUCUAAAAAUGACAUUUGUUUAUCUGGGCUAUAUCUAAACUACACUGUACAUUGUUCAACUGCUAUCAUAAUUAUUUUAGUUAAGUACUUGGAGAUCAGUUAUGCAACUCACAGUUGCUUUUAAAAAUAAAUAGUUAUCGAAUAAUGGGUUAAAGUGCAACGUCUAAAUUCCAUCUAAAAAAAAUAGACGUCUAAUAGCCAUCUAUCGCUCAGUUGGAGGCUGAAUCAAUUAAGUUUAAACAUUGGCUAGAUUUAGUAUUUAAGUGUGUAUGGUACAGAGAAUAACAGUAAUUAAAAGUGAGACCAUAUAAGCAUGUCCUGUAAAUAAAAAUGUCGUUCCCCUGUCAAAGUAAGAGCAGAGCAACAAGGGCCCCUAAAGUCUGAGAGAAAUAUUGAGUGAGAGAUCCUUUAAGGGCCAUCCAUACAUGCACAACCUUUUUGAUAUUUCUGCCCAUGACACUUUGUUAAGUUAUGUUCAUCUAUAUCAUUAAGUUUGAAGACAUCCAACAUCUGUUCCAAGUAAAAUGACAGAUGUUGCUCUGCAGGCAAAUAAAUUGAUGCAUUUAGUGUGAUGAAUUCUUAUCAGUUCAUUAAGGCCAAGCUAGAUCAUUAACACUUUAUGUGUACACAGAGUAAACUUUGUGGUAAAUUAUUUAUUUUUAAGAAAAGUCCAAGUAAAAAGUGUCAGGUUCUUAGCAAGAUAACUAGCGAUCAUCGACGAUCAGUCCUCAGCAGAAUGUGCUAAAACCUGAUGCUGUUACGGAUCUGUACUGUCAGACUGGAUAAGUAUAAAAACUCUAGUCAUUGGUGAUGUAAAGUCUAAGUGCACUCACUGUCUGUGACUUUAUUUAACAAGUGUCUGCUAAUAGAUUACAGUAUACACAGAGUGUUUCUGUGAACUUUGAUGCAGUCUCUUGAAUGUGUGCUGUUUUUCACAGCCCACUGAUGAGAACACUCGACUGAACCACGCAGCGUUUUUAAACACCUCCAACCACUUAAAGUACUGGAUUAAAUCAAUUUAACCUUGUACACUGACAUCACCUCUGAUGAAGUCUGUGACCUUUGGCUGCAUGGCUUAAUUUUCCAGCAUAAUAAAAACUAUUUUAUAUUCUAAAGGUUUGUCAACUAAAGCCGCCAAACUAAAAAGAAAAAAGAUUUUAGAGGCAAAUAGAGCAGCUUUGUGAGAAAUAACUUGUUUUAAAGUUUGUUUUGUCUUUAAACUGCAUAUUAAAAUUCACAGUGGUAUUUAUUAUGCAACUUAUCAGACUUUUUUAAUGAUACCAGUUCGAUAUUUAAAGGUUGUAUAAAGUGAAGUAAUACUGCUUGUGCGCUUUUGGUGUGUAAGAUCAAACGACAUGAUACUGUAGAUUACUGGACACCACACGACACAGCAUCCAUAAAUUGCUAAAGCAUAAAUAGAUAAAUGCACCUAUAAAAUUGACAUAGAUUUAAGGUUGGAUAUUAGUAAUAAAAUGACUUUUCUUAGAAGCCUGAGAUUUAAGACAUCGUUCCUCUUCAUCAUGUUUGUAAGCGACAGACACGCUCUGCCCUCCAAUCUUAGCAGACAUUUAUAUUUCCAAUGUGAUUAAUUCUGAUGGUUUUAGCAGUCCUUUUCUUUCUUUGUCUUUGAUAGGUUUUGGUUGGAUUUUUGAAAACUUCUGGAGGGAUGCCAUGAUUUGUUGUACAAUGCUCCCACUGUAUAGUUCUCAGAGGUCUGCCAGUCUUUGGCUCGUGCAUUCUUAUGGUGAAAAUUUCUAUUUUGUCCUCUACCAGGGAGUUGCGUGAGAAAGAAUCAAAUAAGCUCAGAUAAGAAACCCCCUAGUCUUAGCUAAACUUAAAGUCUGAGAUUAUCAUCAUACUUGUGCCCUUAUGAAGAGAAGUGGCUCACAGUGAGGGUCAACGCUAACCUUCAGCCUGCGCACUCUACCUCUCCCCUCCCCCCUCCUAUCAGGGAAAAAGAAGAGAAGCAAGUAGUAAAAAAAGAAGAUGAACAGUUUUCUCUUUGCUUUCUUUUUUUUUUUUUUUUGGCCCACAUCGGGCAUUACCUCUCUCCAUCUAGAUAGCUUUGUUUCACACCUCUGUUUCUGACCUUUGCAAACUCUGUCACAGAACUCAGAGUGGACAGUUCUCCCUGUAGUGAGAUCCAUCCCACCUUUAUCUGCAUAUUCUAGCUUUUUCCUUUCAUACACUCCCUCAACUAAGUCCUCCCCAGGCUGUCUGCUCUGUAAAGUUAACUAUCUGCUGACUUGCAGAUCAUAACACACUCAGAUCGCAAACUUUUUCCUGUGGAGCCACAAGUUAAUCCCCUAAAUUUACCUGCAUCCCACUCAUAGAUGAUCAACACAACACACGUCUUCCUUCAAAAUAAAAACCUCCUUCUCAGCACACAUCUUUACUUUCCCAUCCUUUCUCAGUUUCCUCUGGUUUGUGCUGGCUGAUCUCUGAGAUAGUGUGCCUGUAGUCUGGGGGCAAUUACAGCAUCCAUCUGUCCGGUCUGGUGGAACCAGUGUGAAGUCUCCUCUGAUCCGGUCCCUUCAGUGAUGACUCUGUUUCACUUGGUGCAGGGUCUCAAGGAGUUUGUCCCCUGUAAUGUCUUUAUUAAACUUGACUCUAACUGUGCAGAAUAUGAGAUCUUAUCCUCAAGUUGGUCAGUGUUUUGCAGAGCUGCCUGUCAGUCAUAUGACUUUCCCAGACUCUGUUUGAGAUCACAACCUCUGCAUAUGUGCACUCAGAUGAUCCCAUACACGUACAUUUAUGUAUUUGCUAGUUUUUUAAGCGGUUAAAAUGUUGUAGGGAGAGAAAACAAUAGCAUAUACUCUCUGUAAAUCAAAGUAAGGGGGUUUGCUACUGAAAUUUGUCAGCUCAUAAACUGGGCUGUUGCCUCCAAGGCCACUGGUCUGUGCCACAAGCUAUAAAUUCUGACCUCUAGAGACAUUCAAUUCACUGCAAUAGUAAUAAACUGUUUAAUGUACAGUGUGCAAAGGUUUCACUUAUUGCCCCUGUCUUAUGUUUCAUAGCUAAUUAAAAUGAACACACUCUGAAACGAGCAUCCAAUUCCUCUAAAUUCCUUGUUAGCUAAUAGCUCAUUUGUGAGUUAAAUGAGACCAAAUAAGGACAUAGAUCUGUUUUUUUCCACUGAUCGUGUCUUGUGGAGUUGGUAAGGAAUUGUUACAUAAUCGGCACUGUAUGCCACCGGCUAAGUGAAGCAUGUAAAAUCAGAGAUGAGUGAAUCAUCAGCCUGCUACAUAGUGAUAAAUGUGAGGUGGAAUAUUUUCUCGUUCUACACAGGAACAAUCAACUGGGCCUAAAGGCAAGAGUAUUAUCAGCAUGAGCGACUAUAUCCAAAUUCAUUUGAUUUGAGGAUUUUUCACUCCUUAUUGGGCUGUUACCACGCCGUUUUGUCAUGUUUAGUAAAGUAAGUAGAAAAGAAAGGGCUGGAUAAAAAGUAAACAUUCCCUCAAGAUUUAGUACAUUUACUCCACAUAUUAGUACUGACCUAGUUUGGCUGUCAGAAGUAGUUACCCAUUUGUCCAUCAUUUGUCUAAAGAUAUGUGACAGUCACCACUAUUCCAGUGUUUCUUCUUUAAUUAUUUGUCCUUUGUUUAUCUUUAAACACAGAGUAGAAAAGAGAUUCUUUAUGUUGUCUAUUUAUCUGUGAUGAAAUGUUACUCAGGUAGGAUAAAUUUCAUAAACAUUAUUUUUCAUGCAAGUGGGUUUCUUGGUAAGGUUCACAGGAUGUUUUAUUUUCUGUUUAGCUUUUAACCGACGGUCUUUGUGAGAGCUAUAAAAGAAGAUUUAUAUCAGCUGCCCGGGAUUGUAAUCUCUGUCACAGAUUUCAUCAGUGAUAUGUUAAUUUAAUCUUUUAUCUCUACAGCUGAUGACUUCAAUGUACGUUUACCAGAUAUAUGACAGAGGCUAUGACAAAACCCACUUUCCCAUGUGUCUGCUUCCUCUUUCAUAAGGUGUCUCUUCUGACUCCCUCAGGUAUUGGUGUUAUCAGCCUGGAGCGAGCCUACCCUCUCACUCUCGGAUCCAACAUAGGCACCACAGCCACAGCUCUGCUGGCAGCUUUGGCCAGUCCAGGGAACAAGCUAGCAGCUGCUAUACAAGUAAGCCAUUUUUAAAAAAAAUCAGAUACCACAGCCAUCUAAAAGCUGCAGGGACACACACACACACACACACACACACACACACACACACACACACACACACACACACACACACACAAAAAAGUAAAGGCAGCACUACCUCUGCCCUCCCUAUUGGAAGUAAAAUCAUUCUCAUGAAUAUAUUUUCCACCGAUGUGCCUCCCAAGAAGAGGAUGAACACUGACUUUGAGACAGAAAAAAGAAAACAGGGGAGUUACAACACGAUCCUAGAUUACAGUUAUGUUUGUAUUUAUAUGAGUAUGGAUUUAUGCAUAAGGGUAUUACAACUGAGUAGAUGCUCGUCCAGGGAACAAAACUGUGAAAAUCUGAAGCCUAUCCCUAGAUUAUGUUUAUGAAAUGAAUGUUACAUGAUUUCAAAGCUGCGGAGACCCCUGGGAUGUAAACGACAGCAUAAAUUGAGUGUGAGAUACAAUGUUCUUCAGCACUGACAUGCUGUGAGUCAUAUUAAGUAAGUUAUUGUGGGUUUUAUCUUGCCUGUGUGACUCACUUGGGAAACAUCUGCCCUGUGUCUACUUCUUUUUACUCUUUUUACUGUUGUUUCAUGAAUGAGACCCACAGUCUGCUAAUCUUACUUUAUGCUUUAAAUUUGUCUUGGGGGAUUUUUUAAUCUUUAUCACAUCAUCUUCUUUUUGUUUGCAGAUUGCUCUCUGUCACCUCUUUUUCAACCUAUUUGGCAUUCUCCUGUGGUAUCCUCUCCCCUUUAUGCGCCUGCCAAUAAGGAUGGCUCGUGUCUUGGGUGAGCGCACGGCUAAGUACCGUUGGUUUGCAGUUUUGUACCUUCUCCUUUGUUUUCUGCUCCUGCCUUCACUGGUUCUGGGCUUGUCGCUGGCAGGGUGGCGGGUAUUGGCUGGCGUUGGGGCUCCUUUUAUGGGUGUCUCAGUCUUCGUUGCCAUGGUGAAUAUAAUGCAGGCACGCAGCCCCGGUCACCUACCUAUGAAACUCCAGACUUGGGACUUCUUGCCUCAGUGGAUGCGAUCCCUCAAACCGCUUGACCGCUUGAUUGCAAAGACUACAGUCUGUUGCACAUGUGAGGAAGGGGAGGGACAGGAGGAAAAAGAGCAAAUCUCAGAACAGACAACCUCUGUUGACACACAGAAAGCCGACCUCAGGAUGGCAGGGCUGGCUUAUGAUAACCCAGUCCUGGACUUCUUGGAUGAAAGCGGACAGGGUGUGAGGGUUCUUCGAUUAAAAGGGUUAGAGAGGUGCAACAGCACUCCACUGUAGCCACAAUAAACAUAAGAAAAAAACAGUGAAAGAUUUUGGACUCAUUUAUUUUUAUUCAUUUAUUUUUUAUUGCUCUGGAAAGAGAAGAACCCAAAGAGACAACCUCUGUUCAUGAUGCUUUGACAAUGACCCUAUUUUUGAUUAUUGACAAUUCAUAUUUAGAGAUCUCCAAGAGCAAGAUGAGGUAUCAUAAGCAGAUAGAUCAUCCACUGCACAUGUUAAAGAUAAUACAGAUAACACAAAACACUCCUGGACCAGUUUUUGAAGUGAAUUCAAAAAGAUCUGGUUCUUCCAGAACAGCGACCUUGCUUUCAAAUUCUGAUAUUGCUUAAAAAGUCAACUAUCAUUUCAAUAACCACACUAAAUUUAUUAUUAUUAUUAUUAUUAUUAUUAUUACUGAGGGCAUGUUCAGUCAUAUUCAUGAAGGGUUUCGAUUGGAGCGACUUUAGACACUUAGGUCGUGUUCACACCUAAAGGUCUGUUUCCUGAUUCGAAUCCAAGGCAAGACGAUACAUUUGUUUUGAUUGUUUAACUGGUCCAGUUUGCGUUCACAAAGGACAAACUCAAUCGCUCCAGAAAACGGAACAGGAAGUCACGUGACCGUGAAUAUUGUUUGGUUAUUGGUCAUUAGUUUAUGCGGGAAAACAAACCCCGCUCUGCUGUCUUCGCCUCUCAUGGAGCAUCGUAGGCUGAUUUUGCUUUUACUACUCAUCUGGAGCGCGUAUCAAAAGAAGCUAGUCGAUGCCCGUAUGAACGGCUCAUUAGCCAGUGAGCGCUAACUGCGGCAUUAAUAAAUACAUUCCGGAGUAAACGUGCUGCAAACAACAGACAGAUAAAGACGAGACAGCAACAGGCAUUAAUGAGAGCCUACCAUGAUGCAUUUUCUCUCUGUUGUCAAUCAGGACAAGUGAGGUGAGCGGACAACAUUUAUUUCACAACCAGCAUUAAAAAUAGCCUAGCCUAGGUGUGUUUCCUGUGAUUGGUGUGGAUGACAUUUACACCAGAAAUGAACGGCUCCAGAGUUCACUUAAUAGCGGUCCAAGACCACCUCUUCAAGCGGACCAGAGUUUGUUUAUUUGGUCCACACCAGAGUUCGAGGUCAGCGUUCACACCGACCCAAACAAACUGCACCAAGAGGGUAAACGCUCCAGGGUUGGGUUCAACUGGACUAAACGAGGGUGGUGUGAACACCCUCGUAGAUUGUUGUGGAUGGACCUUUGAUAAAUUUGUCCUUUAAAAAGAGCAGACAGAAAGAAAAAUGAACCAAAUAAAGAUGCUGAUGAAACGUUGUCACUAUCAGGUGAAUUACUGUUUGAUCAUUGAGUUAAAGGACCGAGUAUUUACUUGUUAUGCAAGAGCAAGUGGGCGGCUUAAACACACAGACACAACAAAGGAUUCAAAGAAUCAUCACAUUAGGCUUCUUUAUCAUCUACGAAGACUGUAUGAAUGUGUUACAGCUUGUAUUGUGUGUGUGUGUGUGUGCGUGCGUGUGUACUCUGUUGUUUGGCUUUGUGUGUUUGUCUAAGUGGGAGACUAUGCAUGCUCUGGAGGUGUUGUUAAAUGUGUGAAUGUGUGCUGCGUUUUUUUGUUUCAGUAGAACAAUUGAGGAUUCGUUCAUUAAAUGUCGACUCUUUGAAGCCUGUGGAUUUAAAAUGUGGAUAUAGGCACACUCCUUUGACGUGACAGACAGCAAGAUGACACUUUGAAAGGGUCUUUGCAAGAGGGAUGAAAGUACACUUGAUAAAGGUGUAAUUGAAUAACUGCCAUGCUUUUCUGACAAAAAUCACAGCUUGGUUGUUAAGAGGAAAACAUUUUUUAAAACAUGUUUUCAAUGUUUUUUUUUUUUCUUGCUUAAAAGAACCUCGCAGUGAGACAAUAUGUCCUCUUUGUCCUCUCAACAUAUCCUUCUGAUCCUGUCUAGUUCUUUAAAGUUUUAACAUUCAAAAUGAGAUGCGGACGUCUCCACCAGCCAGUCUGGACUGAGUUUGCAUCAUUCUGCAGAGUCUGAUGUGAACCCCAGAGGCAAUCAGGAGAAAUAAGGAACAGAAAGCCAGAAAAAAAAGAACAAACCACUCCUGCAUGCACUCUGUAAAAUACUGCCUUUGUCUCCUCUGAGCAAGGGUUUAUGUAAGUGUUGGUCAUUGGCCGUGUUGGAUUAAGCACAGGAUUAAUGCUGUCAGGGUCGGGUCAACGUCCUGCUGUAACCUUGUGUCCUGAAGCCGACAGCUUUAUUUUUUCUCCUGCCUAAUAUCAGUUUCAUUCAAUCAAAUGAAUUAUUUCAAAUGAGUAAGGGAGAGAGAAUAGAGAACGAGGGUGAGAGAGAGAGACAGGGGACAUCAGAAACAUUAAAACAACAGCAACAGCUCAUACAGAGUUGUGGUUGCAGAGCAAGUAAUGAUCAAACAAAGAUAGAUUAAAGGGAUAUUCCGGCGUAAAAUUAAGGUCAAACACACUGUGACACCGAGUUAGACACCCCGCCUAGAGAUGAAUAUUGCUGACCGCUAGCUUCUCAAGUUAUACCAACUUUGGUAACGACCACAGGACAGUAAUACAUAGAGCCAUGCACUCAACCAAAAUGCCACUCUAUAGCCACAAAUAAUGCUCAGAACAGCACCUAACUUCAUCAACAGUACAUAUGGGGUCCCAGCCAUAGUACUAGCCACCAAACACCUUUUUAACUUUGCCUAAUUUCUUUAGCAAAGAGACUAAACACAACUCACCUACUCUCUUCCAGCAGCCGCUUGUGUUUAGCGAGACCUCGGGCCAGUCCAUUACAGACUAUAGAUGUUCUUUCUUUAGCUGCGUCACCCCGCUGCAGUUGAUGGACUCGCCCGGAGGUCUGCUGGAAGAGAGUGAGUGAGUUGUAUUUAGUCUAUGUUUGACCCUAACUUUAGUUUACGCCGUAAUAUCCCUUUAAGGGGAGGUUAAAAAAAUGUUAAACACAAGUUACUUAAUUCACUUGAUAACUGACAGCCCUACCACACAUGUACACAAGGACAAUGAUCAGCCAAGAUUUAAGACGCACAACUUCGUCUGCAAGUGGCACCAAAAUUGACAUAAAUAAAAAGUUCAUCACAGGAGCUUUGAUGGCCAAAAAUGUAAAAUGUGUUUAUAACAUCAGUGCAUUUUUACUCCUGCUGCACACGGUUAGACUGCUAAAUAACCCCUUUUCUUCACUUCUGUUGAAUCAGAAAAUCUACAACUGUUUUCAUCCUGAUCCUCACAGCAUCUUUACUCCACAGCCCACACGUUCAACCCUGAUGAGCUGCACAUCCCUCUCUUGCUGAUAUGAAAUCAUAUGAGUAAUUUUGUUUUUACAAAACAAGCAAGUAAAUCCUGUAGAUAACUGUCUAAAGAGAUUAAAAGGAAGAGAUUUCUUUCUGCUGUUCAAGCACAGCUUAUAACAUCGAGGGACAGAGUCACACCACAUUCUUCAAUCGCUUAUUUCAGUGGACCUGUUCAACCCUCAAGCGCCUCAGAUUUCGCCUCUAAAGCAUUUUAUGUGUAACUGCUCAGGUGCUGAUGCAGCAAUAAUCUAACAACAGCCAUUUCUCGCUGUAUAAGUUGGAGUCAGAGUGUUUCUCACUGGGAUUACAAUACACCUCAUUAAAGUUAUGAUCCAGAGACAUCAUUACUGAGAGUUCUGUGGUGAAGUGUUAAAGCUUGUGCUCACCCCUGUUAAAAUGGAAAUCUGCAAUAUCCUUCGGAAACCAAACCGUGAAUGUAAGGUUUCCCCUUAGGCAGACAUAUUAACAUAAAAAGUUUGUAAAGUUUACAGUUCUACUUCAAGCAAUAAUUAGAAAAAGCUCAAAUCUCUUAAUAGCAUUAGUCAUUAAGGUUGCUGUAUGUUUAAAAGAACUGAAGGAUUUAGAAUAAUGGCCUUUGGCAAGUAUCACCACAGAGUAAAGCCAGAUUGCUUGCUGAAUGAGCAAACACUUUACAAAUAGGCAGAAUUUAGAAGGUUUGCUCCCAUUAAUUCCCCCUUUUUUCAGCUGAAGACUUGGAAGAAACGUUUUCUUUUGAGCAGAUAAAUUUGCAUAACCACUUGUCAGUAUAUAUCUCAAAGAAAAACAAGUAGAAAUGGUGUAUUCGGUUUUUCCCCUGUUGGCAUCAUCUUCUUACUCAAGCAGUGCUGUUGCACCAUACCAUACCAUACCAUACCAUACCAUACCAUACCAUACCAUACCAUAUGAUUCAUUAGGACACCGUUCAAAAUGCUUGUUCCUUGCUCUUUGACUCCUGGUAUUCAGAAUCAGUACUAUUGUUAUAGAGUUUUGAUUAGUCAGACAGCGCAGUGAAACUUGUUUCUCCUUCUUAGCAACUAGUACAUGUGCCACGACUGGGCCCUUUGAACUGGAUAUGGCUCAUGAUAAUAUUGCUUAACAACAAACAAAUGUCCACAAAAGCGGGGCUUACAAGCAUUACUGCAUAUUUUACAUAUGGGCAUGUCAUUUUGAAGUCUAUUUAAAUGGACAUGAGGUCUAACGAACAAAGAGAACAACAAAAGCAUUAAGAUACAGAGUAGGUAUUCAUAGUGCUGAAUUGACUUAGGUUCAUGUAACUCUGGUUCCUCUUGACAUCCCCUCAAGAGAACAAACCUCAACCAAAAAGCCACUCUAUAGCCACACAUAAUUCUCAGAACAGCACCUAACUUCAUCAACAGUACAUAUAGGGUCCAAGCCAUAGUACCAGCAACCAAACAUAUUUUAAGCUUUGCCUGGUUUCUUUAGCAAAGAGACUAAACACAACUUACCCACUGUCUUCCAGCAGCCGCUUGUUUGUACGGAGACCUCAGGCCCUUCCAUUACCGACUGCUGCGGGGUUACACAACUCAAGGAAGAACAUGUAUGAUCAUUUGUGGCUAUAGAGUGGUGUUUUGGUUGAGGUUUGUUGAUGGCUCCUCAGAUCACUUUGAAUUACUCUCCUGCGGUCGUUACUAAAGUUGGUAUAACUAGAGAAGCAAGCGGUCGGCAACUUUCAUCUCUUGAGGGGGUGUCUAACUCAGUGUUACAGUGUGUUUGACCCUGAAUUAAUUUUACACCGGAAUAUUCCUUUAGUAUGUUAAAAUGCUCCAGCUAGCUUGCACGCUGAUGACAAGUGACUGAUGAUGACAUUGGUAGAUGGAUGAUAUUUUACC